AUGGAUUCAGAUUUGUACAUCUUCCUGUGCAUCUUCAAUUUAUUUAUUCAUAUAUGUUGUGGUGCAGAAUAUGCAUAUACGAUUGAGGUGGACGCUGGAAAACAUAAUUGCUUUUUUCAAACAGUCAACAAUACACAUCACAAGUUUAUGGAAAUUGAUUAUCAAGUGGUUGAUGGUGGCGAUUUGAAUAUCAAUUUUGUGAUGCUUUUUGGUGCCAAAAUUUUGCUACAAGAAACGAAGAAGGUCGAGGGAAGCCAUAAGUUUUCCAUGGAGGAAUCUGGCGACUAUCAGCUAUGUUUCGACAAUUCAUUUAGCUACCAAACACGUAAAGUUCUCUUCUUUGAACUUUUUUUAUUAGAUGAAAAUGGAAGCUUUGAUGAAACAAAUAUGGUUGAGGAGUUCGGUCCUGUAAGGCAAGAAUACAGUGGACUUGGUUUCGAAAUGCAGAAAUUCCAAAAGGCAUCUAAUAACAUCAAAAAUCUACUAAAUAAAAUCGAAUAUCAUCAGUCGCUGUUGCGAGCUUAUGAAGCACGCGAUCGAGCGAUAAUGAAUGCUAAUUUCGAUCGUGUAACUUUGUGGUCCGUAGUCAAUUCUAUCAUUUUAGUAAUUGUUGGUUUAUUACAGGUGUAUAUGAUAAGAAGUUUGUUUGAGGAUAACUCGAAGCUGGGGCAAUUAUUAAGGCGGCAGCAUUUUUAA